GAAUCACCACGACUUUGAUGGAAUGACGUAAGAGUACCAGGAAGAGGCGGGAGAUCUAGUUGCUCAAACUGCAUAGAGGGAAAGCUGCGGUAGUAGUUCACAGUUUCAUUUGACUUUUUUGUAUAUCAACUAUGGAUAACUUGUGUGGCAAGUUUGUUUCUUUGAAGAUAAGCAAAACUCGUUGGAGACCGAUUUCUUCUUCAGCGCUUCAACAACCCGAAGUGUUUGCUACUGGGUCCUGGGACAAUGAAGAGAACAAGAUUUCAGUUUGGUGUUUUGGAGACUUUGCAGCAUCAGGAAUGGAAGAGGUUUAUGAAGUGGAACCCCAAUUGCUGUGUGAAAUGAAGCACAAUGGUGACGUUCUGGAUUUACAGUUUCUAGAUGUAGAGCGAAUGGUCACUGCUUCUUCCACAGGAUCUGUAACUGUGUACCGCCACCAUCAAAACAACCAGACUUUGUCCAUCAGCCAAAGAUGGGAACGAGCACAUUAUCAUUCCUGUGACUCUGCACCCUGCACUGGUAUUGUGUGCAACAGCCCAGAAAUCGUUACUGUUGGAGAGGAUGGUAGAAUUAAUUUUUUUCGAGUUGACCAUAAGGAGGUUAUACGUACCCUAGAUAAUGCAGACAGCAGUACACUUCAUGCUGUGACCUUUCUUCGAACCACAGAGAUACUAACAGUCAAUUCAAAUGGACAGCUGAAAAUAUGGGACUCUAGACAGCAAGGAAAUGAACCUUCUCAAAUAUUUUCUGUGACAGGUGAUAGAGUACCAUUGUACUGUGUUGAUAAGCACCCCAACCAGCAGCAUAUUGUAGCUACCGGUGGCCAAGAUGGGAUGUUGUGCAUAUGGGAUGUAAGGAAUCGCAAAAUGCCUGUCUCGCUGCUGAAUGCUCAUGAAGCUGAAAUGUGGGAGGUCCAUUUCCACCCGUCAAACCCUGACCAUUUGUUCAGUUGUUCAGAAGAUGGAACACUCUGGCACUGGGAUGCCUCUGUGAGUACAGCUGAAAUACCAACUUUCCUUCACCAAGGGGGAAGAAAUACUACACUUCUUUCACGUACAACAUUUGGUCAGACUAGUGUGAACCAAUCAGUAUCAAGUGCAUGGCUAACAAUGGAUACCAGCAAAGGCCGUCUGGAAAUCACCAACUUACUUCCAAGUUACACCAUGUCUGUCAACAGCUUAGAUGUUUUGGAGCAGUGCUUAGUUUGUGGAACUGAUGGAGAAGCUAUUUAUGUCACAAAAAAAAUGCCUGUUUGAGAACAUAUUGCAACAUUACAGCUGGUACUUGUAGUGCUCAAAACUGAUUAUCAUGCUCGUUGGUGAACUUUUAUUUUACUUGCAACAUCUCUCAGCUUUAAGUAUUGAAAUGUUAGUAUUGUACAAAAUGGAGAUCAUAUUGCUGUUUUGCACAGCACUGGACAGUUGUACAGUAAUUGGGUUAUAUUUUUACAUACAAUUAAAAAAAAUGAACAAAAUUUCUCUUCAUACAGUUCAAAGCUAACAAAAUAAAAUGUUUUAGUUAAUAUUAAAUUUUGUAAACUAUUGGCACACUUGUACUUUUAAUAAUUUGCUAUGCAUUUCACAUUUCAUUUGAAUUGCUUUUAACCAGACUUUUGCUCAGAGAGGUUAUUGUGCUGUCAGUUGUAUUAAGAACAUUGCUGCAAAAGUUUUCACAAUUUGAAUGGAACUUGUAUAGAGGUGUUGACAUCAGCCCCCCUGUGUACAGAGGUGUUGACAUCAGCCCCCUUGUUCUUAUUUUUUUAGCAUCUGGACCUCCUUGGAUAUGUAGAGCUGCACUCUUUUGCCAUGGUUGUUAGGGGAAGCCCAGGUAGGAAGAGAGAGCAGCUAUGGAACAUACUUGUUUCUUUUUGAGCCAGAAAUUAACGGUUUCUUAAGUUCUUGACUAGUUACUUGUAGGACACUGUCAUUUGGAUUGAUUUUUUUUCAGCUGUAUAUUUUUAAUUCACACUUUUUUCUGUGAAUGUAUUAUUUAUGUAAAUAAAUGUCUUCCAAAGAUAUUACCAGCAAGUGCUGUAACAGGUGUCAGACCCCCUCCCCCCAAAUGGAUUUCCAUUUGAAAUUUUAUUCUUUCUGUGGAAAGAUCAAGAGUUUCUGGUAAUUGUGAACAGUGUGCUACCUUUGGUAAGAUUUCAGCUAGGAGAACAAAAAAAAAACAUCAGAUCCUCGGAACACAGAGGUUGGUUGUCUUAAUUAUUUAUCAAUAAUGAUAAUUAAGGGCACGAAGAUGAGUCAUUUCAAAAUAUGAGAAGGACUGUCAUCCUACUGUUGCUGGGUUCCAAGGUAUCCAUUCCAGGACUUAUGACCUUAUCUGUUAGCUUAUGGGAAUUCUCUAGUAAUCUACUACUAUUGUGCUGGUAUAUUUUCAGCUUUUACUGUAGAGGCUUCAGGGGGCUGGAUGUUAGUGGAACAGUCCUACACAGACUAUUUUAUUAGGAAUCUGCAAUACCUUGGAUAUUGAUUUUUACUCUUGUUCUCAAUUAGAUUUUCUUCUCAGGAGUAUUUCCAAGGCUGUGUCAAGCAUUACAGUAUUUAGCAGUUCAUAAGCCUUCUGGCCCUUGAGUUUCUACAGGUAAAGAGCUCAUCCCCUGCCUUUCAGUUCUGAGAAUGUUAAGAUUAACUGUUUGGUCUGUUAUCUAAUUAGUUCCCCUGUGUGUUUGGUUACAUUUGCAAGAUGAGAAUAAACUAUAUUCUGUUACCCA